AGGACUGAAUGGCAACAAGUGAUCCUUUAAAGAUGCAGAGGAAGUCGUUCCUGUGAAGUGGAGAAGAAAGCUGGAGAAAGUCAGGUCAAGAAAAAGCAUGUUUCGCAGGUUUGAUAAAGUAAACCCGUCUUCUGCAAAUACCUGAAAAGGCUGCCCUCUGGGUCUCCAUGAAGUGGCUGGAACUUGUACUGUGAGGCCCUUGAUGGGACGAGCUCUUGCCUGCUGAUCCUCCAGGGUGACUGUCACCAUGGCCAGCAAGAGGAAAUCCACCACCCCAUGCAUGAUCCCAGUGAAGACCGUGGUGCUGCAGGAUGCUGGCGUGGAGCCCCAACCCGUGGAGCCCGGGCCUGACGGACCCCAGCAGGACCUGCCUCCAGAAGCACCUGCCCCCAGCAGUGAGGCAGCCCAGAGCUCCAGCGGCCCCGACAGCUCUGCACUGGCCAAUGGGCAUCGCAGCACUUUGGAUGGCUAUUUAUAUUCCUGUAAAUACUGUGACUUCAGAUCCCAGGAUAUGGCCCAAUUUGUGGGACACAUGAACUCAGAGCACACAGACUUCAACAAAGACCCAACUUUUGUAUGCACCAAGUGCAGUUUUUUGGCAAAAACCCCCGAGGGGCUUUCCCUGCACAAUGCCAAGUGUCACUUGGGGGAAGCCAGCUUUGUGUGGAAUGUGGCCAAGCCAGACAAUCAUGUAGUCGUGGAGCAGAGCAUCCCCGAGAGCACAGGUACUUCUGACCUAGUAGGUGAGCCCAGUGUUGAAGGGACUGAUGGACAGGCAGAAAUCAUUAUUACCAAAACCCCAAUCAUGAAGAUAAUGAAAGGUAAAGUUGAAGCCAAAAAAAUUCAUACACUCAAGGAGAACACCCCCGGCCAACCUGUGGCUGAGGCCUUGCCCAGGCCAUUGGCUGGAGAACCAGAGGUGAAAGAGGGGGACCACUCCUUUGUCAAUGGAGCAACUCCAGUCAGCCAGCCAUCUGCCAGCUCCACUAAGCCCCCCCAUGCCACUAAUGGGCCCCUGAUUGGAACAGUGCCAGUUUUGCCAGCUGGGAUAGCCCAGUUCCUCUCCCUCCAGCAGCAGCCCCCACUGCAUGCUCAGCACCACACCCACCAGCCCUUGCCCACGUCCAAGGCCCUUCCCAAAGUGAUGAUUCCCCUGAGCAGCAUUCCAACGUACAACGCGGCCAUGGACUCCAACAGCUUCCUGAAGAACUCCUUCCACAAGUUCCCCUACCCAACCAAAGCUGAGCUCUGCUAUCUGACUGUGGUGACCAAGUACCCGGAAGAACAGCUCAAGAUCUGGUUCACAGCCCAGAGGCUGAAACAAGGCAUCAGCUGGUCUCCCGAGGAGAUCGAGGAUGCCCGGAAAAAGAUGUUCAACACAGUGAUCCAGUCUGUACCCCAGCCCACAAUCACGGUCCUCAACACCCCUCUGGUCGCCAGUGCUGGUAACGUCCAGCAUCUCGUCCAGGCCGCUCUCCCAGGCCAUGUGGUGGGGCAGCCAGAGGGCACGGCGGGGGGACUUCUGGUCACUCAGCCACUGAUGGCCAAUGGACUGCAAGCACCAAGCUCAUCUCUCCCCUUGGCUGCAACAUCUGUCCCUAAGCAGCCAGCGGUGGCACCCAUUAACACCGUGUGCUCCAGUGCAGCCUCGGCCGUGAAGGUGGUCAAUGCAGCCCAGACGCUCCUCACGGCAUGCCCCAGCAUAACUUCCCAAGCCCUCCUGGAUGCUAGCAUCUACAAAAAUAAGAAAUCUCAUGAGCAGCUGUCAGCCCUGAAAGGGAGCUUUUGUCGGAACCAGUUCCCUGGGCAGAGUGAAGUUGAGCAUCUGACCAAGGUGACCGGCCUGAGUACCAGGGAAGUACGGAAGUGGUUCAGUGACCGGAGGUAUCACUGCCGCAACCUGAAGGGCUCCAGGGCCACGAUGCCCGGGGAGCCAGGGUCUGUCCUCCUGGACUCGGUGCCCGACGUGCCCUUCCCCCCAUCGGCCAAGGUCCCAGAGGUAACCUGUGUCCCCUCGGCAGCCACACUGGCAGGCCACCCUGCCACCAAGCGACAGUCCUGGCACCAGACUCCUGACUUCACACCUACCAAAUACAAGGAGCGAGCCCCUGAGCAGCUCAGAGCCCUGGAGAGCAGUUUUGCACAGAACCCUCUUCCUCUGGAUGAAGAACUGGACCGCCUGAGAAGUGAAACUAAAAUGACCCGAAGGGAAAUUGACAGCUGGUUUUCCGAGAGGCGGAGAAAGGUGAACGCCGAGGAGCCCAGGAAGACUGAUGAGAGUGCUUGCCAGGAGGAAGUGGAGGCUGCCGAGGAUGAGGGGGGAGAAGAAUUGGCCAGUGAGCUGAGGGUGCUUGGUGAAGACGGCUCCCCAGAAGUGCCCAGCGGCCACUCCUCAGCAGAGCGCAAAGUCAGUCCCAUCAAAAUCAACCUCAAGAACUUGCGGGUCACAGAAGCCAACAGCAGGAGUGCGCUUCCGGGCCUGGGUGCCUGUGAGCCCGAGGAAGACGGAGCCAGCAAGCUGGUGGAGCAGCCCCUCGGCAGGGUGAGCUACAAAAAGACGGCCCAGCAGAGGCACUUGCUGCGGCAACUCUUUGUGCAAACACAGUGGCCGAGCAACCAGGACUACGACUCCAUCAUGGCCCAGACGGGUCUGCCUCGGCCAGAGGUGGUGCGCUGGUUUGGGGACAGCAGGUACGCCCUGAAGAAUGGCCAACUCAAGUGGUACGAAGACUACAAGCGCGGCAACUUCCCCCCAGGGCUGCUGGUCAUCGCUCCUGGCAACCGGGAUUUGCUGCAAGACUACUACGUGACACACAAGAUGCUGCGUGAGGAGGACCUGCAGGACCUCUGUGACAAGACCCAGAUGAGCUCCCAACAAGUGAAGCAGUGGUUUGCUGAGAAGAUGGGUGAGGAGACCCGGGCUGUGGUGGAUACAGGCACCGAGGACCAGGGCCCUGGCACGGGUGAGCCUGCAGCCAUUCACAAAGGGAUUGGUGACACCUGCUCAGAAGCAACAGAGAGCAGUGAGCUGUGGGAGCCGCGCGUCCCUGAGGCCAGCUCGGAGCCCUUUGACGCCUCGAGUCCCCGACCUGGGCCUCAGCUAGAAACAGACUGACUGAUUGGAGCACUGUGAAAGACUGGCCAGUCUGGAUGCUGCCUGCCACAAGGAAGGGCCAGACCCGACUCUCUGCUGCCACACGCUGUUCCAGAGAGCCUCUGAAGGCCUUGCAGACAGCCCAGAGCCCGCCGCCACCGCCCUGCCCUGCCCACCACCGAGCCAGUGGAGGAAAUGGGGUUCUCGACAGCUCUUUCUCCCAUAAUGUAGGACCUUCCCUUUGCCUUCCAGUGGAUAAAAUCAUUUAGAUUUUAUAUGCAUAGAAUCAAGUUUUUAACAUACACAUCCGCUUAUAUAUAGUUAAUAAAACGUCGGAUUACAAAUACUGUCAUUACAUAGCAGCUUUGGUUAGCAAAGCAGUCCGUUACCUGUGCCCGUUCUCUGGGACGUGUGGGGCUGUGGCUGCCCCUCACCGGUCCCCACCGAGCAGGGGCCAGAGUGCCCUGGUGCCACCUUUGCGUUCCCCAGGGAAGCAAGAACUCUGAGGUGAUCUCUGCCAUAUUAGCACCAACCAGCCUGGGGCAGCCAGACCUGCUAGAUCCACCAGGGCAGGACCCACUACCACCUUUAGUUCUAGAGCUGGCCUGGCUCUGGGAUCAGUGCUGGAUGCUUCUCUUCUCGUCAGCUGUUUCCACAGUCCUGCCAUUUUCCAGCUUCGUCAUGGACUAUAGCUUCCCACUUGUCAACUUAAGCAUCUGUUGUUCAGCCGACCCAGCCACGUUUAGAGAGGAAAGUGAAGGAAGGGGUUGGGUUGGCCUGUAGCUCUGGCCCUGAGGUCCUUAGGGCCCUUCUGCAACCCAGGGUAGAGCGCACUGGCCCCGUAGCAGAAGUGCAAGCUGAAAGAAUUUGGAGACUUUCUGGAACUAGUGGAGCUGGGCUGAUUUUCUGCACAAAGACCUGCAUAAGGGAUCCUGAAUGGACAACCCAAAAUGCCCUGCCACCCAAGGGUGUGGCAGGCUCCUAGCUGACCCCCACUGGGUGGUGGACACCACUGGAGAGUUCCGUGUAAAGUGUCUUAUAUAUCUCCCAAAUUGCAAACAAGUUUUUUCACUGUAGCCUAACUUUCCUACCCUUUUUGUGAAUGCAGAAAAAUCAGAAAAGGUGCCUUCGAGAUAUUGAACUUGCCUACGGAGGAGUACUACGUGGCAAGCUUCCAUUUCUUCAAGACUGGCUGCUCUGACAGCAUCAGGUAGAAGGUCUGCCUCAGCUCUGUCCCCUGCAGCCUCAGUCAUCUCUUAGCGACACCCAGCAGAGACAGCAGGGCCUUGGGAAC